GCUAUGGGCGGAGUUUUGACGAAUAUUAAAGAAGGAAUUAAAAGAAUUUGGGGGGCUCGUCUUGUUUCGAAAAAAUGGAAGAUUUUCUGUAAGUCUAAAGGUAGAAAAGAAAUAGUUUUUGCAAAAGAUAUCUACAUUAGAUGGAAUAGUACAUACAAAUUGAUUCAUCAGAUUCUAAAAUAUAAAGAGGAACUUGCUGAAUUUUUAGUGAUGAACUUCGUAUAAUCAUUGAUCCUUUUGAAUUUGUACUUGUUGAAAAAUUGAAUGACGUAUUAGAAGUUUUUUAAUAACGCAACUCUUACUUUUUCUCAUGUUUACCAACCAACUACAAUUACAUUUUUGAAAGAGUGCGUUACAAUCGCAACAUGUUUUCGUGAAAGUAAGGCUGAUCCAGAUUUGUACCCAUAUGUCUCUCCUAUGGUACAAAAAUGGUGUUCUUAUUAUUUGUACAUUCCUGAUAUUUAUAAAAUAGGUAUUAUUUGUGAUCCACGCUUUAAAAUUGAAAAUUAUAAAAUUUUAAUUGAUUAUUACUACAAGUGUUUUUUAGAUGAAAAUAGUUAUUACUACUCUUAUUUAGUAGAAUGGAAAAAAGAAAGAGAUAAUGCUAUAACUUUUUUUGAGAAUUUGUUUGAGGAAUAUCAAGGGUUAUACGGCACUGUACAAGAAGAAACAGCACCACCUCCGCCCCCGAAAUCAAAAAAAAGUUUUGCCGGAAUAGUCGGUGGGCUUCUUGCAAAGAAAGGGAAGCGUGCUCAUUCUUCGACGAGUUCAAGUGGUACAACAGUAAGCUCGCACAACGAACUCGGUAUGUACCAGGGUGUGCCAUGCGAUUACGAUGAAGACGAAGUGGAUUUUGACGUGCUCGGAUGGUGGAAGCGGAACGAACACAUGUUCCCAUGUCUCGGCAUGUUAGCAAGACAAGUGUUAUCCGUUCCCGUAUCAACCGUAGAAGUUGAACGAGAAUUCAGUGCUGGCGGCAACAUUCUAACCGACUUUCGAAGUUGUCUUAGCGCUGAAUCUCUUGAAACACUUGUUUGCAACCAAGAUUGGCUCUUGGCAAGACGUCGAGCUCAAGAGUCAACGUACCAACUCGAAUCGGAGCAUUACAUGAAUGCAACAACAGAUGGAAGUCCGAGUUCUGAAGAAUAA